AUGGGGUGGAAGGCCGCGGAGAAGCUCAUCAGGCACUGGAAGAUCCUCCGCGGCGACAACGUGCGCGGCAUCUCCGUCCCCUCCACACCCCCGCUAGCUCCGGUUGCUCUCGGGAGAUCUCUGACUGAAAUCUCUUCUUCCUUUUUCUCUGUGAUGAAAUUGGCGCCAGGUGAUGAUCAUAAGGGGCAAGGACAAGGGGGAGAGCGGGCUGAUCAAGCGGGUCAUCCGGUCGCAGAAUCGCGUCAUCGUCGAGGGCAAGAAUCUGUUAAGAAACAUAUUAAGCAAGGGGAAGGACAAACAGGCGGGAUCUUCUCAAUUGAAGCUCCACUUCAUGUUUCAAAUGUACAAGUAAUUGAUCCAGUCACCGGGAAACCAUGCAAGACUACAUACAAGUAUUUGCCAGAUGGGACGAAAGUAAGGGUCUCUAGAGGAAUGUAUGCGUCUGGUGCUGUCAUACCUCGGCCAGAAAUUUUGAAGGAGAGAAAAAAACCGAGACCCACAUCUCAUGGCCCAAAGGACACACCAAUUGAGCAUGUGCUGGAGAAGACCUAUGAUGCCAAAGCUGGAAUUGGUAUGCCUGAUCUAUGA